CUCUCAAGCAGCAACCAUGACCCAGUUAGAGACAGCCAUGGCCAUCCUGAUGAAGACCUUUGAUACGUAUGCUGCUGCCGAUGGCAAUAAGGACUCCCUAAGCAAGGGUGAGGCCAAGACUAUGCUGGAGAAGGAGCUGCCUGGAUUGCUCAAGGCAGCCAAGAACCAAGCUGAGGUGGACAAGCUGUUGGCCGGUCUGGAUUUUAACGGAGACUCUCAGGUAGACUUCAGCGAGUUUGUGGUACUGGUAGCUGCUCUCACCUGUGCCUGCCAUGGCCGCUGCAAGAAGUGA